AUGGACACAGAUGGUCACCGUGUCAUCGCUAAGUAUUACCAUCCCAAAAGCCACCCUCAUGCCGAGUCCCAGAAGUUACGCUACUUGAAAGAACAACGAGCAUUUGAGAAAGGGCUCUAUCAAAAAACGAAGAGAGCGGGAGGGGACAUCAUUCUCUACGACUCCCAUUUAGUAGUUUACAAACACUCAUUGGAUCUCAUCUUCUGUCUCAUUGCUGACCCGUCCGAGAAUGAACUCAUGGUGCAUUCCGCCCUCACGGCCUUCUGCGAUGCUGUACACCUUCUCCUUCGGCGCCAGGUAGAGAAGAGAGGUGUGCUAGAGAAUCUCGAUCUGGUGCUGCUGUGCUUGGAUGAGAUUUUUGACGACGGCGUCAUGGUGGAAACGGAUCCGACUGCCAUUGCAUCGCGGGGACCGGACUUUCGGACGGGUUUCCUCCAGGUCAAGUUGAUGGACAUGAGGCACGCGCUGUGUUUCUUGCAACCAAUGUUGAAUGUCGCUGACAUCUCCCAUUCAAACCAGACCAACCAAUUCAUCAUGGAACUACCUUACGAUGUCUUGGCGAUCGGCAACCACGAGUUGUACGACUACGCAAACACGUAUGACAUGUACACUAACUUCGCACCCCAUUGGAACGGACGUUAUUUGUCAUCCAACGUGAACAUCACCGUAUUCGACGGAAACAACAAUACUAUUAGUGUUCCUGUAGGAAGCCGUUACACCAAGUUCAAGACGCGGAAAGGACGCUCUAUUACCUCGUUGGGUGUUCUGUACGACUUCACAGGCAACGAUGUCAACACUACCGUGCAGACGGUGGCCGAUAUGGUAAAGGAAGAAUGGUUUGCCGAGGCAAUUGCGGAAGAGCCAGACGUAUUUGUCCUACUCGGCCACAUGCCUGUUCGCUACGAUAACUGGCCCACCGUCUACGAUGCGGUUCGCGCGGUGCACCCGACGACGCCCAUUCUCAUUUUUGGUGGCCACACUCAUAUUCGUGAUUGCACUCAAUUCGACGGGCGAUCCAUGGCCCUUGAGAGUGGUCGAUACAUGGAAACUGUUGGCUGGAUGAGUGCCAAUCUCGACGUUCCCAAGGAUCACAACAUCACUUUUACUCGCCGAUACUUGGAUGCUAACCGGGUUACUUACGAGUAUCACACCGGCAGGAGUAACUUCACAUAUGACACUGCGGCAGGCCAAGGAAUCACCCAAGGGCUUCUUGAGCUGGCCGUGGAUUAUGACCUCAGCUAUCUAUUCGGAUAUGCGCCACAAGAUUACACGCUGUCUCGCAACCCGUAUCCGUCGAACGGCUCUGUGUUGACAUUAUACGUUGCCGAGGCAAUGCCAUAUGCACUGACGAUCAACAGCUCUCGCAUCUUGGUUCCAAACAUCAUGAUUGUCAACUCUGGGGAGUUACGCUUCGAUGUUCUGAGUGGUUCGUUUACAAAGAACGACCAGCUCACUGCUGCGCCGUUCACGGACUCGUUCCUCUACAUUCCGAAUAUUACAUUUUCUGUCGCAAGCCUGGUCCUCCCCGCGCUCAACAAAGCGGGUGCUGAUGAAAAACGAUCGCUUGAGUACAUGGAACGUGAGAUGGAAAAAUAUGCAAUGGGCGACGUCUCCAUGCGCUAUAAUGCGUGGCUCGAGGAAAUGAACGAGCGGCACAUGGAGAGAAGAGAGACGACGGAAAAUUUGAAUCUGGGCUACGUGACGCAAGACCUGUGCCCUGGUGUCGGUGACGACACUCCCCAUAUUCCAGUGCCAUACUACUCCAGUCCAGACUUCAUCUCGUCCAACCCUCCAAGCGUAUCGAACGACACGCUCGUCGAUCUCGUUUUCAUAAACUUCAUCGAAACCCAACUACUCGAGAUUCUCAACGGCGUCCAGAGCGACAAGGCCUAUACCGAUUCGGACGUGCUGUCAUAUUCUCCGACGCUUGCGAACGCAGUUCUUGGACUGUAUGCUGUAAAAUAUUGGAAUUGA